AUGGGCAGGGUCAAGAUCAGAUUUGAGUUGUGUAUCUUUGCAGGACCUGCUGUUCCAGUUGGAGUUGAUGUUCAGGUGGAAAGUCUGGACACGAUCUCAGAGGUUGACAUGGACUUCACCAUGACCCUGUAUAUUAGACACUACUGGAAAGACGAGCGCCUCUCUUUCCACAGCACCACCAAUAAGAGCAUGACCUUUGACGGGCGCCUGGUCAAGAAGAUCUGGGUGCCAGACAUGUUCUUUGUCCACUCCAAGAAGUCUUUCACACACGACACCACCACAGAUAAUGUCAUGCUGAGAGUCUACCCCGAUGGCAAGGUGCUCUACAGCCAAAGGGUGACAGUGACAUCAAUGUGCAGCAUGGACUUGAGUCGCUUCCCUCUGGACACACAGACCUGCUCCCUGGAGAUCGAGAGCUAUGCGUACACGGAUGACGAUCUGAUGCUCUACUGGAAGAAAGGGAACAAUUCCCUGAGCACUGAUGAAAAUAUCUCCCUCUCCCAGUUCCUCAUCCAGGAGUUCCAAACCACCUCAAAACUAGCCUUCUACAGCAGCACAGGCUGGUACAACCGUCUGUAUAUCACCUUCACCCUGCGACGCCACAUCUUCUUCUUCCUGCUCCAGACCUACUUCCCUGCGACUCUGAUGGUCAUGUUGUCCUGGGUGUCGUUCUGGAUCGACCGUCGGGCCGUACCGGCCAGGGUUCCUCUGGGUAUCACCACGGUGCUCACCAUGUCCACCAUCAUCACUGGAGUCAACGCCUCCAUGCCCAGGGUUUCCUACAUCAAAGCUGUGGACAUUUACCUCUGGGUCAGCUUUGUGUUUGUGUUCCUAUCGGUGAUAGAGUACGCUGCAGUGAACUACCUGUCUACGGUGCAAGAACGGAAGGAAAAAAAGCUACGAGAAAGGCUGCCCUGCACCUGUGGCAUGACCCACCCGGGCAUGAUGGGCAGCUACAGCGAGGAGGACGUCAACAACACGGGGAACUAUGGCUGUAUGCUCGAGGAGAACGGCGCCAUGAAGCAACAGAGGAUGAUGGUUCAUCUGGACAUUGAGGAGAACAACCAAAUCACAGGACAUGUGGGCUCCAGUGCCUACAGCAGCAUGUGGGUCGACACCCACGCCAUAGACAAGUACUCCCGGGUCAUCUUUCCAGGGUCGUAUACUCUGUUUAACAUCAUCUACUGGUCCUGCUACCUCUAAAGAUGCACAGAGUGGAACGGAUGUAGUUUUCCCAGAUAUAGGACUUUCAAAACACAGAAAGUGUCACAGUAUGUUGCAACACUCUUUAUACUGUGACACUUUCUAUGUUUUGAAAGUUCUAUAUUUUGAAAAUGUGAUUGCUGACAUGCAAAGCAUUUUGGGACUGUAUCAACAGUGGACUAACGCAAAUACCAAAAUAUAGUUUUUGAGCGGUAUUUUCCUUUAAGCGAGGGAACAAAGCUAUACCAAAUAAUUUCUGUAACAAUAAGUACAUUAUUGUGCAGUUUAAAUGAGAGUAGCAUCCAGAAUUGCAUGUCUUGGCAACUUUGUAAAACGUUAAUGCAAUGUCUAUGAAAACAGUGUCCAAAUGGUUAUUUCAAACUGUGCUAUAUACAGUGCCUUGCGAAAGUAUUCGGCCCCCUUGAACUUUGCGACCUUUUGCCAC